AUGACAACAGGUCCUGAAAUUUCGAAGGGUUUAGAACAAUGGAAUACCGAUUCGGGAAAAAAUGCAAUUUUACAAUACGGAUUUGAACUUAUCAGUGAUACUGUGAAAGCUGAAUUAGUUCCGCAACUACUUCUGGAUUCUAUAAAGGAAAUUUAUCAAGAUAUUAAUUCUAAUCUUUCAAAUUUAGAUGCUAUCGCUUUUAAAGAAGAAUCAAAAAAUGGUACCACUCAACGUAUUACACCCAAAGUAAUCAUGUCUGAAUUAAGUAAAGUUAUUCAACCUGAAGAAUUCAGUCAAACAAGUGAUUUACACCAACCAAUUGUACAAAAGUUUGGUGAAAAAUUAAAUAACCGGGGAAAGAUUUGGUGUGCGAUUUCGGCAGAUAGAGCUGUUAAAAAUGCCUUAGCAUUUGACAUUCUUGAGAGUAUUUUACUAGGACUAAUAAAGUUUACGGUACCAAGAAUUAUUAGGUUUACAAUGGGAGAAGAAUUCGUUUUUAUCAUUAUUUUUGAACAAACAAUAAGUGAUACUAUCAAAGAGUUGACUACCAAUGAAUAUAAUCUUCAGUAUAAAAUCUUGCGGAUGAAUCGGCUAAAAAUGAUCGAUAAGGUAGCAAGAAAAAAGCCUGGUGAUGUACUCGUUUCAAUGGCUAUUGACUCAUUAUUAUCACUUUCAAUGCCUGGUCCAAUUACUGGUACAUAUACAAACAGUUCGAUUGAAGAGAAACUAUUAAAAACUUUAGUUUGUGACGUAUUGUUAAACCGAAUUUGUUCAGUUGAUGAAGCUACCAAUAGAGUUGGUGAAUGUUUGCCCUUGGCUACGUAUCACGACAUGAUAAGUGAGGAUAUAUUUUUUACAGAGGGAUUAGAAAUGUUGAAAUAUCACAUUGAUAAUGACCUUGAAGAUAUUGAUCUCAUAGAAACUCAUCAAGAAACUAAGCCAGUUUUUAAUGCAUACGGAUAA